AUGUCGGAGCACUUUCUCCUUUUGGGGCUUCCUUUCCUUCCGACAGGAGCGGACUCCUUCGCGUUUCAAUACAAAAACCUCGUAUCCCUCCUUGGGGCUGCGGGAAAGGACGUUUGUUCAUUCGCUGUCCCGAACUUUAAGGUAGGAACACUUGACUCUCUCAUUGAAGCAAGUGACGAGCUGGCAAAACUGGAUUUACAGGUGGAGAACAGCUUGGAAAAGCAGAUUACGAUAAUGCAAGAGAUAUGUGAAGAGCCACGUGAUGUCGUUGCGACCUUACGAUUCAACCAAACACAGGAGAUGACCCCAGCAGCAUUCGUCAAAGGGUUUCAGUGGAGUUCAGCACAGUUUGACAGCAAUGAAAGUAUUUUGGGCCUGGUGGAAAAGUUUGCAAAUUAUUUCGCAACAACCGAGGAAGGUGUUCGUCUGGUGAUGACGAAGUAUAAUGAAACGCGGAACAAAUUAACUACUGUGACAAGAAAAGCUCAGGGCAAUCUCUCGGUCAAACCUAUUAGGGAACUGGUGACUAUGAAAAACCGGAGCCAUCCCUUCAUUGUUGAUACUGAAUUGCUCACUAACCUCUUCGUCGCAGUGCCCUUAAGUUCGAAGAGAGAGUGGCUAAAUGAAUAUUGGUCCCUCAACGAUUUCGUUUGCCCCGAUUCGAACUGUAUCAUUGCAGAGGAUAGCGAGUUUGUGCUAAACAGCAUCGUCGUCUUUCGUCGAGUGUUGGAGGAUGUGAAGCUGGCGUGCCGGAAGAGGAGGUAUAUUGUACGAGAUUCGGAUGCAGCCGACGAACCGUCGAUAAGGGAUCUAAACGAUUUUAUUAAAAGAGCCGAAAGCGAGAAGAAAAAUUUCGGCUUGGUACUUCGUCAAAGGUACACUGGUUGCUAUGUUGCUUGGGUUCACCUAAAGGCGGUGAGACUUUUUGUGGAAAGUUUAUUGAAAUAUGGGCUGCCUCCACGAUGCAUAUCGAUAUUCCUACAGGUUGACAAGAGAAAGGAAGCAGAAAUAAGAAAGAAAAUAUCACAGCUGUACCCUGAUUUGAGUGUUCCUUUUUCAAACACUUCUUCUGUGGAAGACGGGUCCCUGCAAUACGAAUACCCGUAUGUUUCUAUUAAGAUGACCAAUUUGCAAAGGUGUUAG